AUGGCAAAGAAGAGAUCAACAGCUUUCCUCUACUCGAUUGCAAGUGAUCGCUUAAGGCAGAAAAGAGAACGAUCGCCGGUGUAUGUUGCUAAUGGUAGGGCAAGGAAAGAAUGGACAGCUCUUCUCUACUCAGUUGCAAGAGAUCUCUACGUUGAUAUGUUUUCGCUUAAACAAUGCAGGCUGUGUGUAUUAAAUUGGUUUGCCAAACUCUGGGAAAUCGAGAAGAGUGAGUAUUGGGGAUACGUUACAAAUGGUGGAACUGAAGGCAAUCUUUAUGGAAUCUUGUUGGGGAGGGAACUAUAUCCAGAUGGAGUUUUGUACAUAUCAAAAGAAUCGCAUUAUUCACUGCUCAAGAUAGCAAGAAUAUCUAGAGUCAAGUGUGUGAUAGUUGGGACUAGACCCUCUGGUGAGAUUGACUAUGAUGAAUUAAAGGCUUCACUUCUUGCUCACCAGGACAAGCCGGCCAUCGUCAACCUAAAUCUGGGUACAACUAUAAAAGGAGGCAUUGAUGACCUUGAUCUUGUACCACAAAUACUUAAGGACUGUGGCUUCACACAAGAACGAUUCUACAUUCAAUGUGAUGCAGCUUUAUUUGGAAUGAUGCUCCCAUUUAUUAACGGAGCACUACAAAUUUCAUUCAAGAAACCUAUUGGAAGUGUAACUGUUUCAGGCCAUAAAUUUCUUGGAUGUCCAAUCCCAUGUGGUGUCCUGAUAACUCAUUUAAAUUAUGUCGAACUUCUCUCUAGAGAAGUAGAAUACAUUGCUUCGAGAGACACUGCCAUCUCAGGAAGCCAAGGAGGCCAUGCUUCAAUUUUCCUCUGGUAUGUUCCCGAUAAGAGAGGUUUUAAUGGCCUUCAAGAUGUGAAUGAGUGCAUCAACAAAGCGAUCUACCUUCAAAAUUGCUUGAAGGGCUAUGGAAUUGGAGUCAUGCUGAACAAGUUUAGCAAUAUCAUAGUAUUUGAGAGACCUCUUGAUGAUGCAUUUGGUCAUAAGUGGAUUCUAGUUAAUGAAGGGAAAAUGUCAGGCAUAGUGGUGUUGCAACAUGUGACCAUGGAAAUGCUGGAUUCGUUUGUGACAGAGUUUGUGGAGAAUCCAUUAAUUUGGUAUCAAGAUAAUGAAGGCAAGAAAGCUCCCUGUAUUGCUAAAGAUAUUUGUGCUAAGAAUUGUGCUUGUUCUUCCCAUAAGAAGCUAAUUUCAUGA